AUAGUUAGUAAAGAAACCAUCAAGCCUUUAUCUUCAACCCCACCACAACUCAAUAAUCUCCCUCUUAGCCUUUUGAUCAACAAGCCCCUAACAUGUAUAUACAUCUUCUCUAUUUCUACUACAACCACAAUAUAAGCUCCGGCUGCAGCCGGCAGCUGCUGAAAGAUAGCCUCUCAAAGGCCUUGACUUUUUACUAUCCUUUUGCCGGCCACCUUAGAGACGAUGGUAACUCCAUCAACUGCAACGACGUGGGUGCAAUUGUUUCAGAGGCAAAGCUCCGGUGUCCCAUGUCAGAAUUUAUGAACAACUUCAAUUUAGAACGUGAAGAGAUUUUGAAGUUGACUCUUUCGGAUGACAUCAAUGGAAAAGAAAAAAGAUUGAAUCCUUUGUUUUGUGUUCAGUUGACUCAAUUUGAAUGUGGAGGAGAAGUGAUGUAUGUAUUGUGUUCUCACGAAGUUGCGGAUUUGGCUUUCAUUGCUCGUAGCUCCCGCGAAGGCAAUAAUCCACCGACCCUGAUUUGCCCUCCUCAGUUUAAUGGGGCUAGUUUUUUCCCUCCGAAGUUAGAAGGCGGCGGGGAAUUAAAUUCAAGAACAGAAAGACAAUAUGAAAAUGGUGUUAGUUCGAAGAGAUUUGUGUUUAAGGGUUCAAAGAUUGCAAGUCUUAAAGGUAUGGUUUGUGAAAAAGUGGAGAAUCCAACUAGAGUUCAGAUUCUCACUGCCUUCAUCUACAAAGCUGCUGUUUCAGCAAAGGAAUCAGUCACAGGUUUGUUAACUUUAGUUUGGAUCAACUUUAAAUUAAAAAUCAAAGGCAAUGUGGCAGCAACAAUUCUACUUCAAAUCAUCAACUUACGAAACAGAGUGGAUCCGCCAUUGCCGGCGACAUUAUCAGGAAAUGUAAUCUCUUGGUUCAUAGGAUUGUCGAGGAUGCCGGAGAAGAAGGAAAUGGAGCUAUGGAACUUAGUGGGUGAGACGAAGAGAAACUUUGAAGAGUUCUGCAAAACGUUUCCAACAAAUUACAGAGCUGAAGAAUGGGGUUUGCUUCACAAAUUACAUGCCAAAGAAUCAAUGGAAGACAGGAUGAUAAAUCAAGAGGAUCAUAAUUUGUAUACAUGUAGUAGUUGGUGUAAAUUUCCAAUUUACGAAGCGGAUUUUGGAAGGGGGAAACCUGUAUGGAUCACUGUACCUGAGUUUCCAUGGAAGAAUAUGAUUUUGUUGAUGGAUUCCAAAGAUGGUGAAGGGAUUGAGGCCAUAGUCAGCUUAGACAAGAAGGAAAUGGAGGUUUUUCUGCAAAAUCAACAGCUUCUCUCAUUUUGUGAACUCAUAACUUCCACCUCAAAUGCUUUUCUAGAUUACAGGGAAAUCAAAUCAAAUCAAAUCAUACACCAUGAUUAUUGAUGAUUUAUGUUGGUACUUUAAGAAAACUUAUCUUAGAUUUUUCAAGAUUGGGGUGUUAUGAUUUGAUUUUAAUUACUCCAUUAUUUUCAAUGAAAAAUCAACUAUUAUUAGUACAAAAAAAA